AUGGUCGAAUUCAAUACUCCGAACAGCGGAUCUGGAUUUAGGGAAGGGCUACGUAUCGCACCCGAAGUCCUCACACCGGGGGGCGGCACCAGAGUACAACGGAGUCGACAUCUGUCCUUGAACGAGGGAAGGCUUACCAGACAACCCACUCUGCUUAGUGUCGGCUGUUCUCCCGCAACGAAUGCUGCCGAGCUUAAGUAUCUCUUGGGGAAUUCUAAUACAAAGCUGAAGGCCAAGGCGAAAUUAGGACCAUCUCCUGGAUCUGCUUCUACUCUCGGUUCUACUAGUGAUGGUCCUAAAAUCUACCUGGAACAAGCUAAAGCGCGGGCAAGAGUGGAACUUGACAUCAUUCUCAGCAACGAUACCUGCGUUCAGGGAGGGGUAUUGAAGGGACAGGUCAAUUUAUGCAUCAGGAAACGGUCCAAGAAAGAGGCCCCUAUUCUUCUCUCGGAUGUGAAACUCAGGAUCGUCGGCUUCGAGUGUAUCCAGAAUCGUGACGGAAGACAUAUCUUCUAUCAAUAUGCUGUUGCGUUGAACGCUGUCGCUCCUGCUUUAUCACCGAUAUAUGUGUCCGGGCCAGAUACGGAAGGCUACAUGGAAGCGAAAGAGGGGCUUCAUCGAGUGCCAUUUGCCGUGACACUGCCUAUAGAAAGUGAAUAUGGAUCUCCUAAAGGUGUCCUUACCCUUCCAUCCGGCGUGGCCGUACGUUACAUAGUCAUGAGGUAA